AUGCAGCAGUGGCAGGUUGGCCCUAUGCCGGAUUAUGUCUACUCCAAUUCCAACACCCAUCAACCCAAUGAAAUCCAUAAUCCUCACCCGUCGUACCAGCAGGACAUGUCCCGCCGGAACGAGCGCAUGGAGUUUGCCUAUGGCGCUCCUCAGCCAAACAUGGCGCCUCCGCCGCAGCAACAUCAUCCUGCUCCCGUUCAACCUCCCAUGAACGUUCCUCAACAACCACCCAACGGUCCCCCGCCGCCUCAGCAGACUCCUACUCCGACUCCUGCUCAGCCUGGUCGUCAGCGAAAGCGACCCGCGCCCACGGCUGCUCCGCCUCCGGUCACGAAUGCGCCGCCCGCGCCCGUCACCCCCUCGCAAGUUCAGCCGCCUGCGCCUGCGCCUCCUGCUCCCCAGGUGGCUCCUCAGGCGCCUCCUCAGCCCCAAGCACCCGUAGACGAUGCGAAUUCAGCUCCAGUUGCGCCUCCGCCAGCCAAGAAGAGCAGAACCAAUACUCCCUGGACACCUGGAGAGGAGCUGCGGCUUAAGCAGAUGCGAGAUGCGGGAAACAGUUGGGCAGAGAUCGCAAAGACUUUCCCUACGAGAACAGAAGGCUCUGUGAAGAAGCACUGGUACAAGGACAUGCAUUAUGCCGAGUUUGCUGAGGACGAGAGUCAAGCGUUGUUGAACGCCAUUAAAGAGUACGAAAAUAAUAAAUGGAAGGUGAUUGGUCAGAAGGUCGGCAAACCUGCCAAGGCCUGCGAGCAGUACGCCAAGGAACAUUUCCCGGGUAUGGUCACGAAGCUCGGCCGCUAA